AACGUCCGUAGAUUAUUGUGGGCGUAGCUGUUAAAAUUCCUUUUGCUGUAGCUAUCAUGGCGUUGAGAUCUUAUCUUUUCGUGAGUACCCUCUUGUUUUCUUUAGGAUUAUCUCACGCCCAGCUGUGUCCUAGCGAUACCUUCACGUACAGCGAAAGCAACUGCCUCUCCCUCACUACUUCCUCUACCCCAUCCUACGAUAACGCCAGUGCUAGUUGCGCUACAGACGGAGCCUCUUUAGUAUUAAUAAGCUCAGAAGGUGAGCUCUUUGCUGCUAGAGGCUAUACACGUUCUCUUGGAGUAAGAGAUGGUCGGUAUUGGAUUGGGUACCAGUAUUCUUCUUCAAACCUUGUUGACGUUAAUGGUAAUCCUGCUCCUUCUAUUGUUGUUUCGGCAGUAGAGGAAGGUGGUCCUGCCCCUGCUACUGGUGUAUGUGUAGCAUUGACUCAGAACGAGGCAUUAGUGAGAGUACUGUGUAAUGAGUCACUGGAUGGGUAUAUAUGCCAGUUCACUAUUAAUGUUCCUCUUGUUGUUUCAGUCAGUUUCAACAACUCAGUUAUAGAUCCAUCUAUCCCUAUCACACAACCUCUUGGCACCUCCUUUAUCCUCUCCUGCUCUUUCAACAACACUACUUCUCGUUCCACUGUCCAAUGGACACUAAACGGAGCAGCUCUACCUGAGGACCUUAUAGAUACAAAUGGUGACAUGUCAGAGACUACUUUGAAUGUGACGAGGUUCUUGUCUGAGGGAGUGUAUCGCUGUCAAGUGAAUAAUGCUAAUGGAAGGAGUGUUGGACAAGAUAUACAAAUAUAUGCUAGUUUGGAAGAUACAUUCUUUGUUCCUGAUCCUUUAUCUCCUAAUGGUAUAGUUGCUUUCCCAUACACCCAGUCAUCAAUACUCAUCCAGUGGUUCCAACCUCAGGUCUCCUAUGUCUCCUCUCCCCUUCUCCUCCGAUACACACUCUAUUACACACGCAAUAGGGACACUGAUAUUGGAGAUAGACCCGUUAGAACUAAUUUGACUACCUCACCCAGUGGCAUGGGAUCUUAUGUCCUGACUGGUUUAGAUGUUGGUACUGAGUAUUACCUGACCAUGAGUGCUACUAAUAGAGCUGGUACUGGUCAAGUACUUGAUUCUGUCUUAAUAGUCAGGACUUUUGGAACAGAUGAAGUAGAAGAGGUUGAAGGAGUCGGGGACAAACUCAUUCUCAUUGAACCUUUACGCACACCCUGA